AUGCCCCGCUUGCUCGCAGAGCCUCUUUCCAGUUUUCAGGUGAGAUGUUACCGCGGCGUUGCCCAGCUAGAUGCUUUGCCAAGCUGCCCACCCAGACAUGUUCGUGGCCAGGCUUGCGGAUUCCUUGGCGACAUACCUGCAGGCCCCGGAAGUUUGCCCCGUCACACAACAUCUUUCUUGCCAGACUUGGACCCAGGCCGGCUUAUCCGGCUACGGCACCCAACGAGCUUCUCAGAAGCCGAGAAUGCUGCAGAUCGCGCCCAGCUGCUGCAGGCUGAGGUUGAAGCGGCAAAGGAUGCAGCAGACACGGCCGAAGAGGAGGCUGAGGCUGCAGAACAUGCUGAGCUAUUGGUGGUUGGGCUGGCCACGAUUUUCGCAGGGUUGGCCUGGUUUACUACUUACAAGACCUGGCAGCUGUACCAAAGGUGGAUUGCCAUGAAACGUCGGAAAGCCCUUUGCGUGGGUGCUGCACGCGCUGCUGCCGCGGCUUCACAAGGACGUUGA